AUGCUGGAUUUGAAACCGCCCGAAAUGGACCAAUUCUAUUACGUGUAUAAUGAGGGAAGAACGGGCACGCUGAGAGUGGCAGCAAUCGAUAUUGAAAGUUUAACAUUUCUGCCACCAUUUCUAAUGCAAUAUCACGAUGACGAAACAAUCUUCCGUCGUACCGAUCGUGAAGUCUGCCUGAUGCGUCUGGUAAUUGACAAAGGAACAGUGGCAUCACCAACACUGGUUUUGCUUGAUAACGACAAUUAUGCAUGCUCACAAGUGAUUGAUGCGGACACAAAUCCAACGGUAAGUUGUGAAAAGUUAAAAAGAAACGUCAUCAAAGCAAUAGCAAGGAUUGUUGGCGACCUUUCCAGCAGUAGUUCGAUCGCUUUCAUGUGUUUUAUGUAG